AUGGGGAGUAUGCAUGCGCAGCCGGGGGUGGUCGGCAAGGAGGUUGGGCGGGGGGGUAGGCCGGAGGCCGAGGAUGAUGAGGCGAGGAUAGAGGCCGAAGACGAGUGGAAGAAGAAGGAGGUGGAGCAGGUCGCUGAGGAGAGGCUGAAACUAAGAAACCGGAAGGAUAGUGGAGCAAAGCAGAAUGAUAGGCUUGCCAUCGGCCACGGUCUCUCGUUACCAAUCCCCCAGUACCCACAGGCCACAGUAACUAUGUAG